GACUUUGUCUACGAUGUACUCAAUACGGAAUUGCGGGCUGCCAAUUCAUUUAAUCAAACACGAAACAAAACAAUUGUCAAAUUUGUUCUGACAACCGCUGGGAAACCAGAUUAAUUAAUUUCAUACUGUGACAUGUUUCAUAUUUGCGUAGAUUUCACAAAGGAAACAUUCCUUUUGAUGAUUUCCGGACAGAAAUGCUGUGAAGGUUGUGAAAUUUUAGCUUUCGCAGCCUAUAUGAGAUUUUAUUCUUAAUUUUAGCGCUGCUCGGAUACAUUCAGAUUGUCGCGUUUGCUACCUCGAUAGCUUGUAACAUGAAUCAAGGAAUGAUGAUAGACCUAUAUUAAUCACAGAAGAGUUUGUUCUGAAAUUAGAAAGCUGACCUCCGCGGUUUGCGACCCAAACAGACAACAAGGUUAUUUGUCUAUCAAUACCACAAACUAUUGCAAAUACGAAAUCAAGUGGGCGUGUCCGUUACUUUAUCUGUUGACGCUUCAUGAUCUUGCAGAUCUACGUAAUCUUUUUUGAUCUGCAAAAUACGUCGCAACAGCAAGUCAGGCAACAGAGCGGCCAAGAAAAGCAUGGCGUUAUUAAUGAAGAUUUUUGGAUUCACUUCGAUCCUGUUUGCUUUGCCCAGGAUACCAGCUACCAUUGAAUACUCGAGUUUUAGUUGUCCAAAAAUUUCGAAUAUUGAGGAUGAUUGUGGUGCAAGGGUCGAGAAUAUCUGUUUCGCGGAUUCAGAUUGCUCUCAGGAGAAGAAAUGCUGUCCACGAGCAGCAGACGGAGGUUGCUCUUUGAUGUGUGCCAAACCUCGUUCCCUUGAGGGUUGCCCCAUACCGCUGGACUUCGCCCUGAUUGUGGACACAUCAGGCAGCAUUGGUAGAAGGGAUUUCAAAAAGUUGUUAGACUUUAUAGAGGAGAUAGUGGAUGAGUUUGAUAUAUCAGAGGAUGGUACACGUAUCGCUAUCGUGGAAUACAGCACUAACCCCUCCGUUCAAGUGAAGUUUAACGAUUUCUCAGGGGCGGCGCUGAACGCCGCUAAUCUGAAACGGAAAGUUCGUAAAAUUCCUCAUAAUCGUGGUAAGACGUACAUAGAUAAAGCUUUGGCAAUGGCGAACAGAGAUGUGUUUUCUGCCAAAGGAGGAAUGAGACCAGAUGUGUUGAAGGUGGCUUUAGUUAUGACCGAUGGCAAACAGACGCUUAAAGACGAAGACUCCGACCUCGCUAUAGACAUCCUUUCCGCAGCUGUUCAACCUCUUAAAAAAAAAGGCAUCAGAGUGAUAUCGCUGGGUAUUGGGCCAAACACCCAGUUAUUAGAUCUUUUGACACUUGCCUCAACGGACAACGAUGUGUAUUUAGCCCAAGAUUUUACAGAGCUCAGAAACCUAGUAACAGAACUAACGGAAAGAAAGUGUCCAGUGAAUGGCAAUUGGUCCGAGUGGAGUGACUGGAACGAGUGUACAGUGACGUGCGGAGGAGGCGAACAGAAUCGAUUCCGGAGUUGUGACAAUCCUCUCCCAGCGUUUGGAGGCAAGCCUUGUCCUGGGGAGCGCCAGGGAACCCGUCCGUGUAAUGAGUUCCCAUGUGCAGUUGAUGGCAGAUGGUCCGAGUGGAAAGACUGGGAAAUAUGUUCCGUGACAUGUGGAGGAGGAACUCAGAGUCGUAUAAGAACUUGCACCAAUCCACCACCGGCUCAUGGAGGGAAGGAUUGCAUUGGGGAGGGAGUAAUUACACGCGCUUGCAACGAAGACCCAUGUCCAGUUGAUGGCAAUUGGACUGAUUGGGGAGACUGGGAACAAUGCAGUGUCACGUGCGCCGGUGGAACACAGAGUCGAUCUCGAACUUGUACCAACCCCCCACCACGAUAUGGAGGGCGAGACUGCAGUGGAGAGAGUGACGACGUACGCUCUUGCAAUGAAGACCCAUGCCCAAUUGACGGUAAGUGGACGGAAUGGAGGGACUGGGAGCCAUGCUCUGUAUCAUGUGGUGGUGGUAUUCAAACCUCUCGUCGAUCAUGCACUAACCCAGCGCCCGCGUUUGGAGGAGCGGACUGUGAAGGGGACAGCGUACGAUCUAGAUCAUGCAAUGAAAACGGAUGUCCUGUUCAUGGCAAUUGGACCGAUUGGAGAGACUGGAAACUAUGUAGUGUCACUUGCGCUGGUGGAACCCAGAGUCGAUCUCGAACGUGUACCAAUCCUCCACCACAAUAUGGAGGUCGUGAAUGCAGUGGAGAGAGCGAAGACGUACGCUCUUGCAAUGAAGACCCAUGCCCAAUUGACGGUAAGUGGACGGAGUGGAGGGACUGGGAGCCAUGCUCUGUAUCAUGUGGUGGUGGUAUUCAAACGUCUCGUCGAUCAUGCACUAACCCAGCGCCCGCGUUUGGAGGAGCGGACUGUGAAGGGGACCGCGUGCGAUCUAGAUCAUGCAAUGAAAAUGGAUGUCCUGUUCAUGGCAAUUGGACCGACUGGGGAGACUGGAAUCUAUGUAGUGUCACGUGCGCUGGUGGAAGCCAAAGUCGAUCUCGAACUUGUACCAAUCCCCCGCCACGAAAUGGAGGCCGAGAAUGCAGUGGAGAGAGCGAAGACGUACGCUCUUGCAAUGAAAAUCCAUGCCCAAUUGACGGUAAGUGGACUGAGUGGAAAGCCUGGGAACCCUGUUCUGUAACAUGUGGUGGUGGAAAUCAAAUCUCUCGCCGAUCCUGUACUGACCCGGCAGCUGCUUUCGGAGGAGCUGGUUGUGAAGGGAAUAGCGUGCGCUCUCGAUCAUGCAAUGAAAGGGGAUGCCCUGUUGAUGCAAACUGGUCCGAAUGGAGCGAGUUCAGCCCUUGCACUCUGUCUUGUGGAGGUGGAACACAUACCCGGUCAAGAACAUGUACCAACCCACCACCAAAAUUCGACGGACAGGACUGCGUAGGAGAAGGUGUUGACGUACAACCGUGCAAUACUCUCCCGUGUCCAGUGGACGGUAAGUGGACAGUUUGGAGAGGCUGGAGCAUUUGUACCAGGACGUGUGGAGGUGGCGUGCAGGGCCGCUCGCGAACUUGUACCAAUCCCCCACCGGCCUUCGGUGGAGCGCAAUGUACUGGGGCGAGGGAAGAGACUCGGUCAUGCAAUGAAGAACCAUGUCCAGGAGAUGGAAAAUGGUCUGCAUGGAAGGCCUGGACUCCUUGCACAGUGACAUGCGCAGGAGGUACUCAAAGUCGAUCUCGCACUUGUACCAAUCCUCCGCCUACCCAUGGUGGAAAAGAAUGCUCAGGAAAUGGUGAUGAGACGCGUUCUUGUAAUGGGAGACCUUGUCCAGUGGACGGAAGAUGGACACGGUGGAGUGACUGGGAUGCAUGCCCAGUGAAGUGUGGAGGAGGAUUCCAGGCACGGUCACGUUCUUGCACCAAUCCCCCGCCGGCUUUUGGUGGAGCAAUGUGCGCUGGGCAAAGACAGCAAGUUCAAGCGUGUAAUGUACAGCCUUGUGGAAUUGACGGUAAUUGGGCCAGAUGGCAGCGUUGGAGCGUAUGUACCAAGAGCUGUGGUGGAGGGACUCAAGAUCGAACACGAACCUGCUCGAAUCCCCCACCGGCUUACGGUGGCAGAGAUUGUCGUGGAAAGAACAAGGAGGCUCGCUCUUGCAAUAACCGACCAUGUCCAGUGGACGGCAAUUGGGCGGCCUGGAAAGCCUGGGGCAGAUGUUCGCGUACAUGUGGUGGAGGAACACAGGUUCGAUCUCGUACCUGCACCAAUCCCCCACCGGCUUUUCGUGGAUUGCGUUGUCCUGGGAGGGGUACAGAAACGCAGUCGUGCAAUGAGGAUAUUCCAUGUCCAGUUCCAGGUGGUUGGUCUUACUGGGGUUACUGGGGUCGCUGCUCAGUGUCCUGUGGUACUGGAAUACAGUAUCGAUAUCGGACUUGUACCAAUCCCCCGCCAGCGUUUGGUGGAGCACAGUGUCUUGGGUAUAAUAGCCAAAGCUACAUCUGCUACCGAGAAGAUUGCCCAGUUGAUGGGAGCUGGGGUCGGUGGGAACGAUGGAGCCGAUGCUCAGCGACAUGUUCUGGCGGGAAAAAACGCCGAGAGAGAUAUUGCAAUAAACCACGCCCAUCAAAUGGUGGUAAAGACUGCCCUGGCGAUGGAGUGGAAGUCAUAAGAUGCAAUACGAAACCAUGUUCAGUGGAUGGAAAAUGGGGCCGCUGGACCAAAUGGAGUGCGUGCUCAAAAACCUGUGGAGGGUACGGAAAACGUACGAGGGAUCGGCAAUGUGACAGUCCUCCUCCAGCGCAUGGAGGAAGAGAUUGCAUAGGCAGUAAUAUGGGCAUGGUUUACUGUAACACGUACAUACCUUGUCAAGUGACCUGCAAUGUUCCUCUUGACUUUGCCAUCAUCGUAGAUACAUCGGGUAGCAUUUCAAGAAGGAAUUUCAAACUUCUGUUGCGCUUUAUUCGUAGCCUUGUAAACAGUUUUCAAGUGUCGGAAGAUCACACGCACAUUGCAAUUAUCGAAUAUAGUACCGGAGCUUCAGUGCAACUCAGAUUCAAUGACUUACCAGGAAGUAAACUUACAAAGAACAAUGUAUAUGAAAUAGUGAAAAGGAUUCCACACAAACGAGGCAAAACCUAUAUCGACAGAGCGUUACGUCUGGCAAACGAUGAAGUGUUCACUUUGAAGGGUGGAAUGAGAGAUGAUGUGAGAAAGGUAAGCUGGUUUGCCUGUGACAUCAAUGGAAUAAGCAGAAGUGGGAUAUUAGGGUUAUACAGUCGAACCUCCAGUAAGCGACCACCCAAAAUGUCAAGCCUAGGUGGUCGCUUACGGGGGGUGGUCGCUUACGAGAGCUUUGACAAUAUUGGGUCAAAAUUUUGCCUCAUAAGCGUAUAGUAACUGGUGAUACUUACCCCAUGCGCCAAUGCUAUCUGUCUAAUUACCAUAGCAACAGUGUGACCCGCUAAAAACA